AUGGCGCCCGUGCCGCAGACGAUCAUUGAAGAUGAAGAAGAAUUCCUGGACGAUGUCGCUGCAUUUCACGAGAAGAGAGGAACCACCUUUGACCGCGAGGGCAAAGUCAGUGGCCGCCCCAUCUCCUUGCACAAAUUGUACAAAUUAGUUAUGGAAAGAGGUGGUUAUGAUGUCUUAUCGGCUGAACGAAUGCAAUGGAGAAGUCUCGUCAAAGAAUUUGGCUUUGGCAAAACCCAUGAGGGUGUCAUUACAUUCCAAUUGAAAACCGCGUAUUAUAAAAACCUAGCAGCAUACGAGAUCGCCAAAUACUGGGGCGAAGAGCCGCCACCGAAGGAGAUUCUUGAAGACCUCAGCGCCAGGGGGGGUAAUUUGCGGACGCGCACCCUCGAGAAUUAUCGAGUUCCCGAAGCGGCCUCUCGACCAAACGACUCCACCGUGGUCGAUGGAGGAGAGUCGGUAGAUGAAGAACAGACAACUCCUAAGCGGGAAAAGACUGAAGCGGAAGAGCCAGGAAGUGGAAGCAGAUACCCAACACGUAUGUCCUCCGUAUUUCGCAAUGCGUCCUUGCCUGUCAUCGGCGUUGUCGCGCCUCUUUGGCACAAACCAACAUUCUCCCACCACUUAUCAAGCCCGCUAACGCGUUAUAUCAAAGGCCAAUUGAGACAAGAUCCGAAACGCACACAGAUGUAUCAGCCAGAUCUUCAGCCAACCCGCUCGAGAAAUGUUCGCGCAACAGACUCCCCCGCCACUCCUGCCGCGCCUCAACAGUCAUACGCGAACGCCUCGAACGACCCUCGAAAUCCAGGAUAUGACUGGCACGAUAAGUAUGAACCUCGCACCAAUAUUGCCUUGACCCUUCGACAAGUCCAGACUCCCGGCAAUGACCCUCUCUACUAUCCGCGCAAAUUGCAGGCCAAAUUACAGGCUACGCCGCGACCUCCUCCAGAGCCUCAGCAGUACCUUAAACAGUCUGUACCGGGGGGCAUGACUGGUCCUAAUAUCUACCUGCGCUGUCUUUACGGAUUGCGGUCUGGUAUCCGAGAAGAGCAGGACUUCGCCUUACAUCAUCUUGUGAAAGUCUCUUUCGAGCGAGGUGACAAGUACAAAUUUGAAGGUUUCCCAUUCCUCGCCGAGUCUCUGAUGGAAAAGGCGUUGGAGAUCACAGAACUGGUGUAUGGAGUGAAAUGGGAAAUUACCUACGAUGAAGAUGUUGACGGCUCUCCCGUGAACACCUUAAAUGCAGCUGUUGGGACACCGAAUCUACUUGAGCGCAUCCAGACCACCACUUCUAGAGUCCACAGUCGAGACUUGGAAACUGCGGAAUCCUCCGAGAGACUGGAAAAACUGAAAGAGGCCGCACUUGUUCUUCGCAACAUGGUGCUUCUGGAGGAAAAUGCCAUCUUCCUCUCCAGGUUUCCGUUAUUCAAGGACCUGCUCACGAUCGCGAUUUGCCUCCCCGAUGAACCAGCACUCGACGAGUUCAAACAAUCGGCCCUCGAAAUCAUCGAGCAGGUCACGCGGUAUUGGACGAUGAAUCCCGAGGAUCCGCUCUACCUCUCACUUCUUCCAUAUCUCGAAUCUGGCGAUCGGGGGAUGCUCAUUUCGGCUCUCCGAUCGAUCAAUAGGAUUGGAUUAGAAACACCCGAAACUCAUCGCUUGAUUGACGUGCCUCUGACAUACAUUGAACGAUUAUUUUCAUUCACCCUACUCGAUUCGGACAUUGAGCUCCUGGAAAACACUCUGGAUUUCCUCUACGAAUACACAGCCAUUCCGGAGAACAACACCGAGCUGCUGUCGAAAGACUUCCACCUCCUACCGAACAUGAUCGGCCGCCUCACGAAUCUUUUACUGCACCAGUCAUCUUCUGGAGAAGAAACCACUAUUGCCGGUCGCUCUCCCAAAAUGCCAGCGCUGCCCCCUUCAGUCCCCACCAUUCCUUAUGAAAUACAUCAACAGCUCAUAAAAUGUGGCGAACCUGAACGAUCGUCACGAUGGCUACGUUGUUGCUUUGAGGAAUCUCCCAACGGCGACAUCACACAAAUCACAAUCUGGCAGGCCUAUCAACAAAGAUUCGCAAAUCACAGUCCGGUUGCCGCGGCAGACUUCAUUAAGAAUGUGUCGCAAACUUUCGGAUCGGCUCAAGCGCAAGUCAUACAAGGGAUCCAACCAAGGUUUAUCAUCAAAGGCAUCAAACCACGAAGAGUAUUGCUCGAUCUACAGGGUCGACCCCUUUUCAAAUGCUUAUGGGAGGUUGCUCCAUCGGAUACACUGGACCCCCAUGGUCGCACCAGUCAGCGACACCUGUGCAGCUCGUGGCAUGUCAAUCGCGAGAGGCUCUUGAGUCAUAUCAUGACCGAGCAUCUCAAGUUUGAGAGAAAGGCAGAUGGACACUUUUCAAGCCAGAACUCAGACAACUGGGCGUGCCGCUGGACGCUGUGCUCAAGACAUUCUCCCUUUUCCAAAAGCAAUGAACUCGUCUCACACGUUCGUAUGCAUAUUCCAGAAAACGCAGAGGCAAUGUCCAAGAUUAUACACGAAUUAGCGUAUGACGUCAAAGAGCCUGACCCCGUACAGACAAAACACACCUAUCAUAUCACACCGACAGAUUUCACUACCCAUCCCUGCGGCGUCGCUUGGAUGAGCGUGAUGAUCAUGCGAAAUCUAGCACGAUACGCCAACAAGCAUGGUUCAGCGUUUGAAAAGGAUGGCAUACCUCUCAAUGAUAAAUUGUUUGGUGGUCACAAGUAUGUGAUUUUCCACAUGUUGAGUGCCAAUCGAACGUUACGGGAUCUCAUCACGGACUUGCUCCAGUUGAUAGAUAAGGGCGAUCGAGAUGAGAAGCGGGGUGUUAAGAGAGAACAUGAGAGUGAGGAUGGUACGGGAUAUCCUGGAUGA